AGCUAGCGAGGCGUACUCGUAAAAGGAAUAUACUUUCAGCCUCGGCCAUCGCCACUAUAUUUAUAUCUUUUGAGCAUUUGUGAUUGUGUCUGAUAUAAUUGUCUGAUCGUCGUGUAUUAUUUAUCAUCGCUCCGUCCUCUCCCCGUGCACUCAUUCUUCGUCCACUUUCUCUUCUCUUUCCCUCCUCAACAUGCCAUUCUUCUGGAGGAAAAAAAACCAGUUCAAACCGUCUGCCCGGAACUAUCACUCAGUAGAGCAACUGUCAACCUAUCCCCCCCAUCAAAACAACGACAGCAUUCACUCUGGGUCUUCCAUUCCCGACUUCCAUCGUUCUUCCGACCUCCGUGGUGGUGAUCCCCGCACCGACCGUCAACCCGACCGACAACAACGGUCCCUCCAUCGACCAUCUCAAUCCCAAUCUCACUCCCAGGCACAAGCUUCCCAGGAGCCAAUCCCAGAACCUGCCUCCAUUCGGCGUACUCAAACCGCUCAUCUCUUCCAGGACCCCGAACCAAAGACCGGCGCAAGCUGCAAAAGCACCAGACAACGAAGAAACCCCCGUCCACCUCGUCCUCCCCUCCCUCGUCCACCGCGAACAACAUCCCUGGUUUUCUGGGCCGUACCCUGUCCAAGUCGCACCGCCCGCGGCCCACGACAACAACCGCCCCCAAAGCAGCGCGACGAUCAGCGCCUAAAGACGAUGUGUCAUUGAAUUCUCAAUCAAUCCCGGAGAUUUCGACGCCAGAAACCGAUUCGCACUCGCAACAGCUAGCCACAGCCACACGGGAGAGUGAUACUACAUCUGUUCAACAUCGGACCAGCACGAGCACCGCCGACUCGGACAAACUACAAGUACACACUAGCAAUCACGGUUCGAGCCAGACGCAAACACCAACACAAACACCGUAUCAGUCGAUACGGCCACCCUCUCAGUUGUCU